AUGGAAGGGAAUAUUCCGUGGAUUAUUUUGUCAUUUUUAUUGUUCAUGCAUCUUUCCGAAGGUUUUCGUUGCACAGAUAAUUACAGGCCGUGUGAAAACGGAGGGACCUGCAUAGAGUCGCCCCCACGAUGCAUAUGUCGUAUGGGAUUCAUCGGUCCACUCUGUCAGCACCCGGAUCCCUGUCAUCGAUCGCCGUGCCUUAAUGGGGCAGCUUGCAGGAGCCAAGUGGUCAACGGUAUCCCUCAAUAUAGCUGUGUGUGCCAGAGGGGAUUCCGAGGCCAAGACUGCUCACUCAUUGACGCCUGCGCCACGAGUCCAUGUGCCAAUGGUGCCCGCUGUGCCAACUGGAAUAACCACUACAACUGCUCCUGCCCACCGGGCUUCCAGGGAAAGAACUGCCGUAGCGACGUUGACGAGUGCCGUAAACCCGGCGCUUGUCUCAAUGCCGGCCUCUGCCUCAACACCCAUGGGUCUUUCCGCUGCCAAUGCCCGCCCGGGUACAGUGGACGCACGUGCGAGGUGUCCACCCAGCCUUGCGCUCCCUCGCAGUGCCUCAACGGCGGCACCUGUCGCCAGAUCAGCGACCAUUCCUAUGAAUGUGCAUGCCUGCCAGGCUUUGAGGGCCACAACUGUGAGAAUAAUGUGGAUGACUGCCCGGGCCACAAGUGUUUGAAUGGAGGGAUAUGUGUAGAUGGCGUCAACACAUACAAUUGCCAGUGCCCACCUGAAUGGACAGGCCAGUACUGCGCCGAGGACGUCAACGAGUGUCUAAUGCAGCCAAACGCUUGCCACAACGGAGGAACGUGCUUCAACACCAUCGGAGGUCACACGUGUGUCUGCGUCAACGGCUGGAUGGGCGACGACUGCAGCGAGAACAUCGACGACUGCGCCAUAGCCGUUUGCUUCAACGGAGCCACGUGUCACGACAAAGUCGCCUCCUUCUUCUGCGAGUGCCCGGUCGGAAAGACGGGUUUGCUGUGCCACCUGGAGGACGCAUGUGUGAGCAACCCCUGCAACGAGGGUGCCGUGUGCGACACGAAUCCUCUCAACGGGCGUGCAAUUUGCACCUGCCCUGCUGGCUUUGUGGGAGGAGCUUGUAACCAGGACAUGGACGAAUGCAGCAUUGGCGCAAACCCAUGUGAGCACUUUGGGAAGUGCCUCAACACCGAGGGCUCGUUCCAAUGUCAAUGCGGCCGCGGAUACGCCGGGCCACGUUGUGAGAUCGACAUCAACGAAUGCCUAUCCAUGCCCUGUCAGAACGACGCCACUUGCCUUGACCGCAUCGGAGAGUUUACCUGCAUCUGUAUGCCAGGCUACAUGGGCACUUAUUGCGAAACGGACAUAGAUGACUGUGAAAGCAACCCGUGCGUAAACGAUGGAAUCUGUCGGGACAUGGUCAACGGUUUUACGUGCACCUGUCAACCUGGCUUCACCGGCACCAUGUGUCAGAUCGACAUCGACGAGUGCGCCAGCACGCCCUGCCAGAACGGCGCCAAGUGCUACGACCGACCCAACGGCUUCGAGUGCCGUUGCGCCGAAGGUUACGAGGGCACGCUCUGCGAAAGCAACAUCAACAACUGCCAGCCAGACCCGUGCCACCAUGGCACUUGCAUAGACGGCAUCGCUAGCUACACAUGUGAAUGUGACGCCGGCUACACGGGCUACCGAUGCGAGAACCAGCUCAACGAGUGCCACAGUAACCCUUGCCAGAACGGAGGCAAAUGUGUGGACCUGGUCAACAAAUACAUCUGCCAGUGCCAGCAUGGAACAUCAGGCACCAACUGUGAGAUCAAUUUUGACGAUUGUGCCAGCAACCCGUGCGACUACGGCGUCUGCAAAGAUGGCAUCAACCGGUACGACUGCGUUUGCAAGCCUGGCUUCACUGGUCCCAAGUGUAACGUGGAGAUAGACGAGUGUGCUUCGAGCCCCUGUCGAAACGGAGGCACGUGCGUGGAUGAGGAGAACGGCUUCCACUGCCAGUGCCCUGAAGGAUUCAAGCCCCCGUACUGUUACUCGCAGGUGGACGAGUGCGGCAGCAGCCCCUGUGUCCACGGCGCGUGCAGGGAUGACAUCAACGGUUACCGCUGUGACUGUGAGCCCGGCUGGGUUGGGAAGAAUUGCGACCUGGACCGGAACGACUGUUUGCCAAGCCCCUGCCAGAACGCGGGCACCUGCAUCGACCAGCUCAACGGCUUCACCUGCAAGUGUCGCCAGGGCUUUAAAGGCAACCUGUGCCAGGUGAACAUCAACGAGUGCGCGUCCAGUCCCUGUCUGAACAAGGGCACAUGUGUAGAUGGCGUGGCUAGCUUCACCUGUCUGUGCGAGCUGCCCUACAGCGGUCCCACGUGCGCUGAAGUGCUCACUCCGUGUUCACCGAACCCCUGCGCUAAUAAGGCCGUCUGCAACCACACCCCAGACUACCUGGGCUACCAGUGCAACUGCCAGCCCGGUUGGCAAGGGCAACUGUGUAACAGAGAUGUGAAUGAAUGCCUCUCCAAUCCCUGCAAGAACCGCGGCACCUGCUCCAACACGCUCGGGUCUUUUGUGUGCUCCUGCAGGCCCGGCUUCACCGGGCCCACUUGUGACACGGACAUCAACGACUGCUCGCCCAAUCCAUGUCUAAGCGGAGGCUCGUGUGCAGACAGCGUCAAUUCCUUCCACUGCAGCUGCCUGCCGGGUUUCACCGGGCCUCGCUGUGCUUUGGAGAUCAACGAAUGUCAGAGUUUGCCCUGCAAAAACGGUGGCACGUGCACAGACUACGUCAACUCCUACACAUGCACCUGCAGGCCCGGCUUCACCGGCAUCCACUGCGAGAUCAACAUACCGGAUUGCACGGAAAGCUCAUGCUUCAAUGGAGGGACGUGCACAGAUAAGAUCAACGGCUACUCGUGUACAUGCCGCUCAGGCUUCACAGGCUCCCACUGCCAGUACGAGGUCAACGAGUGCGACUCGCAGCCUUGCCUCAAUGGGGGUCUCUGCCAGGAUGCCCUGGAGUCAUUCCGCUGCACGUGCCCCAAAGGCUAUGCUGGCACACGCUGUCAGACACCAGUUGACUGGUGCAGGCGCUCCUCCCCCUGCCAGAACGGAGGACGAUGUCGUCAAAAAGACUCAUCCUAUAUGUGCGACUGCGCUCAUGGCUGGUCCGGACGUUACUGCGACAUCCCAAGGGUCUCCUGUGAGAUGGCAGCUCGCCAAAGAGGAAUCCAGACGGAUGAGCUGUGCCACCACGGUGGCCACUGCGUCAACACGGGCAACACUCACUACUGCAAGUGUCCAGGCGACUACACUGGCAGCUACUGCGAGAGCCAAGUGGACCAUUGCGAGGACAAACCCUGUCGCAACGGCGCCACCUGCAGGGGAUACGUUGGAGGAUACCAGUGUGACUGUAUGCCUGGUUUCACUGGCCAAAACUGUGAGCUGGAAAUCAACGAAUGUCAGUCUCACCCUUGUCAGAACGGAGGCACUUGCAUCGACCUGGUCGGACAUUACAUCUGCUCCUGUCCUCCUGGCACACUUGGUGUACUCUGCGAGAUCAACGAAGACGACUGCGCUCCGCCUAUGAGACCUCGUAGCGCUUCCCCUAAAUGCCUCAACAACGGCACCUGCGUGGACCGAGUGGGCGGCUACCGCUGCAACUGUCCGCCCGGGUUUACUGGCGAGCGCUGCGAGGGGGACAUCAACGAGUGUCUCUCUAACCCUUGCAGCCCCUCUAAUAGCCUGGACUGCAUCCAGAUGCCCAAUGACUACCAGUGUGUCUGCAAGACUGGUUUCACAGGUCGAAGGUGUCAAAACAGGUUCAGUGCAUGUGAAUCUCAUCCUUGUCAAAACGGAGGAGCAUGCUCAGCAUCCAGUUCUGUUGUUGGCUAUACGUGCACGUGUCAGCUUGGUUACACGGGACCCAACUGCGAGCGAAGCAUGUCCUGCCGCGAGCUGUCUUGCUACAAUGGCGGAAGCUGCGCUCUCACCACCCGCGGGGCACGCUGUACCUGUCUGCCCGGCUACGGCGGGCCGCAGUGUGCACACCGCAGCAACGAGGGCUGCUCCUCACAGCCUUGUCGCAACGGCGGCCUGUGCACAGAGGAGACGGCCUUCCCGUUCUUCCACUGUCAAUGUCCCAGCGGCUGGACGGGCAAACGCUGCGAGCAGGCCGGGAGAGUGAACGAGACCCCGGCCCCGUCGUGCCCGCUGGCCGACUGCCACGGCAAGGCCAACGACGGCGUGUGCGAUAAGGAAUGCAGCACUUUGGCUUGCCGCUGGGAUGGGGGUGACUGCUCCCUGGCGGUCAAUCCUUGGGCCCGCUGCGCCGACCCUCGCUGUUGGAGGGGCUUCAACAAUAGUCAGUGCGACAUGUCGUGCAAUAACGCAGACUGCCUCUAUGACAACUUUGACUGCAAAACCAAGGAGAAAGUUUGCAAUCCAAUAUACGAAACCUACUGUAUCGACCACUACGCCGACGGCCUGUGUGACCAAGGUUGCAACACGGAGGAGUGCGGCUGGGACGGCCUGGACUGCGCUCAAAAGGUUCCUGAAGACAUUGUGGACGGCGCCUUGGUCCUGGUGGUGCUGCUGCCCCCGGAGGAGCUUCUCCGCACCAGCACGGCCUUCCUGCUCAAGCUGAGCGCCAUCCUUCACACCACGUUGCGCUUCCGGCUAGACCACAACGGCGAGGCAAUGAUCCGGCCCUACACCCGGCGGGAGGCGAGGCUAAAGCGGGAGCUGCAGCCUCAGCAGGAAAUCAUUGGCUCCAUAGUGUACUUGGAAAUCGACAACCGCUUGUGUAACGAAGACUGCUUCCCAUCGCCCGAGAGCGCCGCCGACUACCUCGGAGCCUUGUCGGCCGUCGAAAUGCUCCGCUUCCCGUACCCGCUCAAAGAAGUCCGGGGUGAAAAAAUUGUGGACGAAGUGGACCCGAUUCCUCAAUGGGGCAAGAUAAUGCUGGUCAGCAUCGCCUCGCUUUUCCUGCUGGUCAUCAUGAUUAUUGGAAUGCUGAUUACCCGAAGAAAGCGAGAGCACAGCACGCUGUGGUUCCCUGAGGGGUUUUUCCUCAAGAAGGAACCCAGCAGCAAUAAGAACCGAAGGGAGCCGGUGGGCCAGGAUGCUCUCGGAAUGAAACAUAUGCCCAAAACUGUCGAGGAAUCUCUGCUCGGAGAUCACAGCGACCAGUGGAUAGAAGCCGACUGUCCAGAGCCCAAACGACUGAAGAUGGAAGAGCCAAGCAUGCUGUCAGACGGCGAGGACGCUGUUGACAGCCGACAGUGGACGCAGCAUCACCUGGCGGCGGCGGACAUCCGGGUGCCGCCCACCAUGGCGCUCACACCUCCACAAGGAGAGUUUGAAAGUGACUGCAUGGACGUUAAUGUCCGGGGACCAGAUGGUUUCACUCCGCUGAUGCUGGCGUCGUUCUGCGGUGGUGGCCUGGAGUCUGAGGUCGCCGCCGAAGACGAUGAGACCGAGGAGUGCUCAGCCAACAUUAUUUCGGACCUCAUCUACCAAGGCGCGUCGCUAGCCGCCCAAACGGAUCGCACGGGUGAGACGGCGCUCCACCUGGCCGCCCGCUACGCCCGUGCCGAUGCCGCUAAGAGACUCCUGGACGCCGGGGCGGAUGCCAACGCUCAAGACAACACGGGACGGUCGCCGCUGCAUGCCGCCGUGGCCGCUGAUGCCCAAGGAGUGUUCCAGAUCCUCAUCCGAAACAGGGCCACAGAUCUGGACUCGCGCAUGUACGACGGCUCCACUGCGCUCGUACUGGCCGCCAGGCUGGCGGUGGAGGGAAUGGUGGAGGAACUCAUCACUUGCCAUGCAGAUGUCAAUGCAGUUGAUGAACUGGGUAAGUCUGCUCUGCACUGGGCCGCGGCCGUUAACAACGUGGACGCAACUGUCGCCUUGCUGAAGAACGGCGCGAAUAAAGACAUGCAAGAUCUCAAGGAAGAGACGCCUCUGUUCUUAGCGGCUCGCGAGGGAAGUUGCGAGGCGGUCAAAGUUCUGCUGGCCCACUUCGCCAACCGGGAGAUUACGGAUCACAUGGACAGGCUGCCCAGAGACAUCGCGCAAGAGCGCAUGCACCACGACAUCGUGCAGCUCCUGGACGAGUACAACACAGUGAGGAGCCCCCAGGGCCACAGCGGGCCCGGACUCCACCUUUCUGGCGGGCACACACUGUCACCCCUCAUGUGCCCGCCCAGCGCCUUCCUGCCCAGCCUGAAGAGUACCCCGCAAGGCAAGAAAAACCGGCGGCCGGGAGCAAAAGGCUCCGGGCUGGGUGGUCAGCACGCCGGCGGUCUGAAGGACUCUGUCAAAGCCCGCAACAAGAAGCUAACCUUGGACAUGCAAAGCGCCUUGCUGGAGAGCUCGGUCACCCUAUCCCCGGUGGACUCGCUGGACUCGCCCCACGGCGGGGCCAGCAACGCCGGCUACAUCACCAACCCCACGUCCCCGGUGGCCAUGCCGUCGGCAGGGCUCUUCCACUCGUCCAUGUCGGUGCCCGGCACGCCCAUGGUGCACGCAGGCAUGCUGGACGCCGGCGGCGGACCCUUCGCCGUGUCGCUGGCACAGCUCAACGACCUGGGCAACGUGUCCCUGCAGGGCCGCGUGGCGCCUGACAUGGGGCGCGGCUAUGUCCUGAGCCCGUCGGGCCAGAUGGGGCUCAACCUAGUGAGCCCCGUCAGCGUGCCCUUCGACUGGCACGCCCGGGCGCCCGUCACCCAGUGCGGCCAGCAGGUGCUGAGCCUGGUGCAGAACGGCCAGCCCUCGGUCAUGCGCCCGCCCGGCCCGGCCGUGCAGCAGCAGAGCAUGCUGAUGCACCAGCAGCAGAUGUACCGCGGCGCCAUGUUGCAACCCACGCCCGUGGGCUCCACGCCCAGCGUGAGCCCGGUCAAGCUGCCCUCCAUCACCGAGCAGCAGGUCAUGGGCCACAACAUGAGCGGCCAGCAGAAUCUGCCCCGCGUGGCCUCGUCCACACCGCCCACGCCGCAGACCUCGCAAGCCCCGCCGCCACCCCCUUUCUUUCAGCAGCCUGCCCCUCAAGCCCCGCCGGGCGUGGCCCCGCCCGUUCAAGCCCCGCCCCACCAGGAAGAUUACCCUACCCCACCGUCGCAACACAGCUAUACGUCGACGCUCGACGCCACGCCCAAGCAUUACCUGCACCUUCCCACCGAGCACCCCUACCUGACCCCCUCGCCCGAGUCGCCCGAGGCCUGGUCCAGCCCCUCCCCUCAGUGCGUGUCCGACUGGUCAGACUCCACGCCCAGCCCUGCCGUCGCAGGCUCCGCCCAGACCCAAAUCCCCCAAGUCACAGAGGCCAACAAAAACAUGCAGGUGUUUGCUUAA